AUGUCCAUCCGCGACAUGGAGCACGAGAUCGCAGGGCUGACAGAUCGAGCCGCACGGGACGAGCUGUGCGUGGAAGAUCUUAGCCAGUCGACUUUCGGCAUCGUGGAUGCCGGCAUCGCUGGGGGAAUGCUUGGUACUGGAAUCAUAAACUUCCCGCAGAGCGCAUCGAUGGGAACCAAUGCGGUCAAGAGACGCGUGACGGUAGUUGAGGGCAAAGUGGAAGCUCGUCCAAUCAUGUUCACUUCUUUGACCUACGACCACCGACUGGUAGACGGCCGCGAGGCCGUCACCUUCCUCUGCAACGUGCGGGACAAACUUCAGGAUCCUGCCCGCAUGCUCCUGGAUGUGUGA